UUUGUAAAUAAUAAAACCCUUUGGAGGACUGAUUCAUUAUUUCUUCGUUCUCUCUCUCUCUCUCUCUCUCGUUCGACUCGAGUAAAGUCAGGGUUCGGAGUCUUUUUUGUUAUUGAGAUCGUUGAGGAGCUUUACUGUUCCGAAGUUACAUAUAAAGGAUCGUGCUUUGAAAGAUGAGUGGAGUUGGAGAGAAAGUUUCUGGAACGACUAAGACACCAGCUGAUUUCCUCAAAUCCAUCCGUGGGAGACCUGUUGUUGUCAAGCUCAAUUCUGGUGUUGAUUAUCGAGGCAUUCUUACUUGCCUUGAUGGGUAUAUGAACAUAGCAAUGGAGCAGACAGAGGAGUAUGUAAACGGGCAGCUCAAGAACAAAUAUGGUGACGCCUUUAUCCGUGGAAACAAUGUUCUCUACAUCAGUACAGUAAAGAGGACUGUAGCUGACGGUGCCUAGGUCCUUCCUGAUGCAUUAUCAUCAACAACACUAGUGGUCAAGUUAUGGCUGCCAUUGGUGUUGUCUUCUUCGAUCUCAUAUUAAAAGAGCUUCUUGUAGUUGACAUGACCCAAGAAUGUUAUUAUCACAGAUUCACAGUCGUCGCGUUUUUCUUGUUAUUAUGAAAUUAUUCACUUUUUAGGA